UCUAAAUCUACGACGCAUAUAAACACCAUCACCUUCUCCUCCCUUGCACUCACAUUACACUUUGCACUUCGCCCCUCACAGUCCAGUCGCUCGGAAUAACUCAGAUAUUUUCUUCCAUACAAUCCAUUCUCCCGAAACACCCUCACACCACACCACCCCUCACCAUGGCCACUACCGUUCACGUCGAAGGCAUCUCCACGAAGACGAGCCAGGAUGAGAUCAAGUCCUUCUUCAGCUUCUGCGGAAAGAUCCAGACGCUCUCCGUAACGCCCACCAACGACGACACUCAAUCCGCUACUGUGACCUUCGAAAAGCAGGCCGCCGCGAAGACGGCCCUCCUCCUCGACAACACGCAACUCGGCCCCAAUUCGGUCCACGUUAGUGCCGCCAAAUCCAUCGACGAGCUUGCCGGAGAUAAGGCUGCUACAGAGGAGGAAGGGAAGGACACACAUGACAUCGAGCAAGAGCAGAAGCCCCGCAGCCGCAUCUUCGCAGAGUAUCUCGCCCAUGGCUACGUCAUCUCCGACAAGGUCAUCGAGCGAGGCCUGGCUCUCGACCAACAGCACGGCAUCACCACGAAGUUUGCUAGCACGCUCAAGACUAUUGACGACCGCUUCCAUGCUACCCAGAAAGCACAAGCUGUUGACACCAAGUUGGGUGUAACGGAAAAGGUGACUGCUGGAUGGCGCGGCCUAUCUAGCUAUUUCGAUAAGGCGGCUGGCACGCCCACUGGUCAGAAACUGAGGCAGUUUUAUGAGGUUGGCAACAAGAAUGUGAUGGAUGUUCACAACGAGGCCCGCCAUUUGGCAGAUCUGAAGGCAAGCAAGCAGUCACCAGCUGCUUCAGCGUCGACCGAGAAGCCCAGCAUUGAGGAGGCGGGUGUCGAGCAGAUUCCUGGAACGGACAAGACUAAGUGCAAUUGCGGCGCGACGGCGGAGAAGUGUCCCUGCCCCCCUGGCAAGUGUGGUUGCACCAACUGCGCUAAAUCCGAGCCUGCUGCCCCCUCAGCUUCUACUUAGGAACUGGAAGACGACGGCGAAGCUGGGCCGGUGGAGCAAAGCGGCUAACUUCUUUCCUGCUCUUCGGGAUUGGGAUUUGGGUUGUUCAUGUAUAGUGACAUGAAAGGAUUUUGGUAACGACGAUGACGAUAGCGGAUGGAGUUACAGGUAGCGGCUAUAUUUUUCCAUGCCAUGAAUUUGAAAAUCAGUCUUGUGCCACUAAUUCGGAAAUCUUGCGUCGUAAUAGCUUCACAAUGCAUACUAGUUAACUAAAUUCCUAAAAGACACAAUUGAAUUUG